GCAGGCGCAGUGCGGUGUUUGUCUGCCGGACUGACGGGCGGCCGGGCGGUGCGCGGCGGCGGCGGCGGGGAAGAUGGCGGCGUCCUCCCUGGAGCAGAAGCUGUCCCGCCUGGAAGCAAAGCUGAAGCAGGAGAACCGCGAGGCCCGGCGGAGGAUCGACCUCAACCUGGAUAUCAGCCCCCAGCGGCCCAGGCCCAUUAUUGUGAUCACUCUAAGCCCUGCUCCUGCCCCGUCCCAACGAGCAGCCCUGCAGCUCCCACUGGCCAACGAUGGGGGCAGCCGCUCACCGUCCUCCGAGAACUCCCCGCAGCACCCCACGCCCCCCGCCCGGCCUCGCCACAUGCUGGGGCUCCCAUCAGCCUUGUUCACGCCCCGCAGCAUGGAGAGCAUCGAGAUUGACCAGAAGCUGCAGGAGAUCAUGAAGCAGACGGGCUACCUGACCAUCGGGGGCCAGCGCUACCAGGCGGAAAUCAAUGACCUGGAGAACCUGGGGGAGAUGGGCAGUGGCACCUGCGGCCAGGUGUGGAAGAUGCGUUUCCGGAAGACAGGGCACGUCAUUGCCGUCAAGCAAAUGCGGCGCUCGGGGAACAAGGAAGAGAACAAGCGGAUCCUCAUGGACUUGGAUGUGGUGCUCAAGAGCCAUGACUGCCCCUACAUCGUGCAGUGCUUCGGGACCUUCAUCACCAACACGGACGUCUUCAUCGCCAUGGAGCUCAUGGGCACGUGCGCUGAGAAGCUCAAGAAGCGGAUGCAGGGCCCCAUCCCCGAGCGGAUCCUGGGCAAGAUGACGGUAGCGAUCGUGAAGGCGCUCUACUACCUGAAGGAGAAGCACGGCGUGAUCCACCGCGACGUCAAGCCCUCCAACAUCCUGCUGGACGAGCGGGGCCAGAUCAAGCUCUGCGACUUUGGCAUCAGCGGCCGCCUGGUCGACUCCAAGGCCAAGACGCGGAGUGCGGGCUGCGCCGCCUACAUGGCACCUGAGCGCAUCGACCCUCCUGACCCCACCAAACCCGACUAUGACAUCCGGGCUGACGUAUGGAGCUUGGGCAUCUCCUUGGUGGAGCUGGCGACAGGACAGUUUCCCUACAAGAACUGCAAGACGGACUUUGAGGUCCUCACCAAAGUCCUACAGGAAGAACCCCCACUCCUGCCCGGUCACAUGGGCUUCUCGGGGGACUUUCAGUCCUUCGUCAAAGACUGCCUUACUAAAGAUCACAGGAAGAGACCAAAGUAUAAUAAGCUACUUGAACACAGCUUCAUCAAGCGCUAUGAGACGCUGGAAGUGGACGUGGCGUCCUGGUUCAAGGAUGUCAUGGCGAAGACCGAAUCCCCACGGACAAGCGGAGUCCUGAGCCAGCACCACCUACCCUUCUUCAGGUAGCCGAGCCGGCGGCGGGCACCCCGCCGGGGGCUGGGGCAUGGCCACAGGCCCCCCUUCCCCACCCGGCCACCCAGCUGCCCGCCGGGGGAGCCCUGGGACCUAGACGGCCACCGAGGGCUGAGGACAGAAAGUAGGGGGCGCCCACCCACCCCCAACUCCCUGCCCCCAAGCCGUGGACAGAUGGGCCCAUCAGGCCCCAGCCCUUCCCGUCCUGGGGUCAGCCGGCCGUGCGCGUCCCAACCCCGACAGACACUGUGAACGGAAGACAGCAGGCCGCGAGCAGACUCGCUAUUUAUUCAGUUGUAACCUCUGGGCUGGGGCGGCCCCCAGGGGCCGGGAGAGAACCCCCAUCCCGCACCCUCCCUCACCUGCAGCGCUGUCACCACUGCCGCCUCCCACACACACGCACGCCCUGGCUCCGUCUCCCUCUCUUCUGGCACCUCCCUCUCUACCUCUCCGGCUUUCCCAGUCUCCCUCCCGGCCUCUGCCUCUCUCCUAGCCCAGGCCCAGGCCCCGCCACCCCCGGCGGGACCCCUGGGUCCGCUUAGGUCUCCGGCAAGCGAUGAGUCUGUCGGCUGGCGUCCUCACCCCGGGCAGGCGGGCUGGACGUUGACUGCAGCCGGCCUGGGGCUGGUCUCUUCCUCUCUCUUUUUGAUCUCAGGGGGUCCUUUUUGGAGUUUCUUGUAUUUUAUUGUACUUGGUGGGGUGUUUGGGGGGCGGGGGGAGGAGGAGAGCUUGUUCUUAUGGGGUUUGUCGGUACCUUCAGAAACUUUUACCAAAGUCAUGUUUAGCUGCUUGUGGUGGAAGCCCCCACCCACCCACUGGCUCUGGGGGGCUGGGCGGGGGACCAAGCCGUGGGGGCCUGGGCCACUGCCUGGGAGAGACUAGUCCCAAAGGUGGGCUUUGGGGGGCCCUCCCUCCGGGCUGGUGACUGGCCACAGCUUGCAGGGGUGAGUCAAGGACCUCAGGGGGUGUGGAGGGAGCCCACGGGGCCGUGGCCACACAGGGUGGCCUUCAGGGAAGGCAGGCGUGGGGAGUGGUGGCAGGUGGCAGGCGCUGGUGUGGCAGGGAGGAGGCAGUGGGAGCAGAUGGUGGGAGCGGGGCCCAUGAGGCCCAGGGAGGCAGGGAUUGAGGGUGCGUGGAGUGGAUGUGGGGGUCUGAGGAUGUGUGACAGGGACAGAGGUGGGGCAGGCCAAGGGCUGGGCGUGUGGAGUCUAUCACGCCCUUGUGGUGCCCCUGAGCGCCCCUCGACUCACCCAGAGCUGGCCAGUCCCGGGCCCACCCCCGGGGGCCCCCUGCAGCAGCCAGAGCAGGAGGGAGUGUGUUUCCUUUUUGUUGGUAAUGCAUGCAAAUCAAGUGGACAACAAAACAAAAUAACAAAAAGAAAAAAACCCCACAAAACCCAACCAACACCAAAGGUGAGGAGCCUCGCUGGAAGUGGCCGAGGUGACCUAGACCAGGUAUCCCUGUCCCUCCCUCUCUCCGACUGACUCCUUACUACUAGGAUAGUCACAAAACUCCGCAUGUUGAAAAAGUACUCGGUCAUCUUCUCUUUGCCUCCCCCUUCCUUGGGGUCGGGGGGUGGCCACCUCCUCUUUCUCCCAUCCCCUUUGUAGGGGGACGGGGGCAGGGUGGGGGCCAACAGGCCUGGCCUCGCCUCCCCUGGCCAGGCUCCGCCUCGGGGGGCCUCUGUGAGUAGCCGGGAAGGCCUUGUGGCUAGCCCCAAGGGCCGCUGGGGCCUAAGGCCAGCUGCCGGGGUUUAUUUUUAUUUAACUUUAUUUUCUGUUUUGUGAGUGUGUGUCCGCCCGCCCCCCCCCGCCCCAUCCCUUCAGUGUUAGCGAGAGCCUCUCCUUCCCCCGCCUCUCCCAUGCCUUCCUCCUCCGUCACCAGUCACCAGCCAUCCCUCUCGACCAGGCAGAGGGCGGAGCAGGCAGGCAGGGGCCUGGGGUGGCCUGGCUUGGCCCACCGGCCCACGGCCCCUUCUCAGGCCGCCAGUAUUGCCCCAUCCCUUUUUAAAAUGAAACACCCUUGUUUGUAAAUCCUUAGACGCUCGAGAAUAAAACCCUUCCCUUUUCUUCCA